AUGAGACACGGAAGAGCCGCAGCUGGUACCUCCGGGAGGGGUACAGCCGCAGGCUGCUCCGCCAAGAGCGGGCUGGAAGCCGCGGGGAGCGAGUCCAAGAGCCGCCGCACACAUCAGCUCCCCAGGCAGAAACGGACGCCCGCACUGGCCCCACCGCUUCUCCGCUCCUUCAGAGCUGCCCCGCUGGGCGGCAGCCGCCGCUCGGGCACAGCCUCGCACCCCCAGGAUGGGAGCCGGCUCCCGCAGGUGCUGUCCCGCCGGCAGCCUGCCCGCGCCCCCGGAGCGAGACGGACACCGGCGAGCCGCCGGCACCGCUUCCCUCCCGGCGGAGGCCCCGCAGGCCGAGCCCCGGCCCAGCGGCCGCCACACGGAACCUGCGGCUCCGCAGCGGGACGGCCCGCGGCGGCCCCGGCCCGCCGGGGCUCGCUGUGCCCUCACCUCAGCGCGGCCGCACACCUCCGGCCGCGGGGCCCAAAGUCGAUCCCGGGCUCCCGCCCCCGGCGCGCUCAGCGGAAAGUUGCGCUAAACUUCCUGCGGGCUGCUCCCCCGGCCGGCCUGCCCGCCUCCGCCGGGCCGCACAGCCCCACUCACGCGCCGAGACCAGGCCGAGCCGCGGAGCGCGAACGCAACCACAGCCCCCCCGGGCUGCGGCUAAAUGGCCCGGCGGCGCAGCACGGCUGCACCUGGGCCGGGGCCGGGCCCGCCCGCUGCCGUGGCGACGGCCGCCGCCGCUCCCGGCACCGCCCGGAACCUGGCAGCCCGCAGCACCGGGCGCCUCUCGGAGCCCACCGGGCCGGCAGCCGCGCCACGGCCUUCCCGCACGCCUCUGCGGGGUCCCGCGGCCCCUGGACCACACGGGCCCGCGGGAGCGAGGAGGCCGCCAGCCCGCCCGCCCCGGCAGCGCCGGCCGCCCCUCCCGCCGAUCGGGUGCUGUCAGCUUCGCUGCCGGGCUUUGAUGCCUCUUAA